AGUCUGCUAAAUUUGACUGAUUUUUUAAUGCAUGGCAGAAAUACACCAUUAAAAAAGUAAAAAAGCAAUUAACGAACUGGAAGUAAAUAUUUGCAACUUAUAUAACAGAGUAAGACCUAAUAUAGUUAAAUGUAUACUUGAAAAGUGAGAAGGAUCAACAGCCCAAUAGAAAAAUGUGGAAAAGACAUGAACAGACAAUUUACAAUGAUAUUAAAAAUUGUCAUUAAAUAAAUGCAAAAUAAAGUGCAAUUGAGAUUCUACUUCUCAUCUAUGCUAUUAGUGAAAAUUAAAAAGUAUGUCACAUUGAAAAAGGUGUGGGGAAAUCAGCACUCUCUUAUAUUGCUGGUGGGAAAGUAAAAAUGGGUCUGAGGCUCAGGGGAAGGAAUAACCUGGAUUCGUAGAUAUGGGAAUCAUUUGUGUUUAGAAGGAAAUGAACAGAGACCACGCAGGGAGAGAGAGUAUGUGGAUUAAGACAGGAGGCCCAGAACACCAAUACUCAAGGUGGCAGCUCAACUUCCCGGAGGGUACAACCACCUGGGCUCUGCAGUCAGGCAGAGCUGGUCUUGAAAGCGAGUUGUGGGGCUCGGUUGCUGAGCACUCUUGGCGAAGUCGGUUACCCCCCUGUGAUCAGCUGUCACAGCUGGCGAAAAUGGGGAUCUCAGAGGGAUGCUGUUCAAGGACCUGAGAUGCGCCAGGUCUGCCUGUCUGUUCCCAGCACUCUGCAAGGCUAGAAAAGGAGGAACCAGUCCAGAAUCCCUGCAGGACAGGAAAAGGAGGCGACAUCUAAACAUGGAAAAACUCUGCAAUGAAAAUGAAGGAAAGCUGGAAAGCGAGGGAAAGCCAGAAGAUGAAGUAGAGCCUGAAAAUGAAGGGAAGUCAGAUGAGGAAGAAAAGCUGAAAGUGGAGGGGAAGUCAGAACAUGCGCGAAAGCUCCAGAAUGAGGGACGGCCAGAAGAUGAGGGAUCACCAUAUGGUAAGGGGAAGCAAGAAAAGCAGGGAAAGUCUGAAGCCGAGGGAAAACCAUACAGUGAGGGCAAGCCUGAAUCCCAGGCAAAGCCAGAGAGUGAGCCACGGGCUGCCGAAAAGCGCCCGGCUGAAGAUUAUGUGCCCCGGAAAGCUAAAAGAAAAACGGACAGGGGGACGGACGAUUCCCCCAAGAACCGUCAGGAGGACUUACAGGAAAGGCAUUUGGGCAGUGAGGAGAUGAUGAGAGAAUGUGGAGAUAUGUCACGGGCUCAGGAGGAGCUAAGGAAAAAACAGAAAAUGAGUGGCUUUCAUUGGAUGCAAAGAGAUGUACAGGAUCCCUUCACCCAAGGGGGCAACGGGGUGUCAGGGGAAUGAGAGGCGGAGGUAGGGGCCAAAGGGGCUUACAUGAUAUCCCAUAUCUUUAAUGCCUUUGGCCUUCAAUUCUGACUCCUCCGGUGAAAAUGUUGCUGACCCUGCUUUCCCUGGCAGGCAUUUGCCAGGCUAUGUGCUUUAACCUUAAGCUGAUACUUUGCUUUGGGUGUCACUCUUGUUACCAGCAGCCUUUUGACCCAACUACAGUGCUCUCUGUGUUUCAGUAGGGGAUUUUUGCCCACGUGCAUGGAAGAGAUGUUCAUGGUACACUGUAAAAUAACAAUAAAGGAAAAACAGUUUUCAGAAC